AUGGAUUCUUUCGCCACCAUCACCUCCUUCACCAACAAGCCCUCCGUCGAGGUUCCCUCUGACCUCGAGACUGGCGGAGGCUCCGGAAAUGGUGCUUACUGCGUCAUUGCUUGA